AUGGCGGCUUCUGGAGAGAGCGGGGCCUCGGGCGGCGGAGGCAGCACGGAGGAGGCGUUUAUGACCUUCUACAGUGAGGUGAAACAGAUAGAAAAAAGAGAUUCAGUUCUAACAUCCAAAAAUCAGAUUGAAAGAUUGACCCGUCCUGGUUCCUCCUACUUCAAUUUGAACCCAUUUGAGGUUCUUCAGAUAGACCCUGAAGUGACAGAUGAAGAAAUAAAAAAGAGGUUUCGGCAGUUAUCCAUUUUGGUGCAUCCUGACAAAAAUCAAGAUGAUGCUGACAGAGCACAAAAGGCUUUUGAAGCUGUGGACAAAGCUUACAAGUUGCUACUGGAUCAGGAACAAAAGAAGAGGGCCCUGGAUGUAAUUCAGGCAGGAAAAGAAUACGUGGAACACACUGUGAAAGAGCGAAAAAAGCAAUUAAAGAAGGAAGGAAAACCUACAAAUGUAGAGGAGGAUGAUCCAGAGCUGUUCAAGCAAGCAGUAUACAAACAGACCAUGAAACUCUUUGCUGAGCUGGAAAUUAAAAGGAAGGAGAGAGAAGCCAAAGAGAUGCAUGAAAGGAAGCGACAAAGGGAAGAAGAAAUUGAAGCUCAAGAAAAAGCCAAACGUGAAAGGGAGUGGCAGAAAAACUUUGAGGAAAGUCGAGAUGGCCGUGUGGACAGCUGGCGGAACUUCCAAGCAAAUACAAAGGGGAAGAAAGAGAAGAAAAAUCGGACCUUCCUGAGACCACCAAAAGUGAAAAUGGAGCAGCGAGAGUGA